AUGACUGGCCAGAGCCUGUGGGACCUGUCGGAGGCCAACGUCGAGGAUGGAGAGAUCCGCAUCAACGUAGGCGGCUUUAAGAAGCGGCUGCGCUCGCACACGCUGCUGCGCUUCCCCGAGACGCGCCUGGGCCGCCUGCUGCUCUGCCACUCGCGCGAGGCCAUUCUGGAGCUCUGCGACGACUAUGACGACGUCCAGCGUGAGUUCUACUUUGACCGCAACCCCGAGCUCUUCCCCUACGUGCUACAUUUCUACCACACUGGCAAGCUUCACGUCAUGGCGGAGCUGUGCGUCUUCUCCUUCAGCCAGGAGAUCGAGUACUGGGGCAUCAACGAGUUCUUCAUCGACUCCUGCUGCAGCUACAGCUACCACGGCCGCAAAGUGGAGCCCGAACAGGAGAAGUGGGACGAGCAGAGCGACCAGGAGAGCACCACGUCCUCCUUCGAUGAGAUCCUGGCCUUCUACAACGAUGCAUCCAAGUUCGAUGGGCAGCCCCUGGGCAACUUCCGCAGACAGCUGUGGCUGGCGCUGGACAACCCCGGCUACUCGGUCCUGAGCAGGGUCUUCAGCGUCCUGUCCAUCCUCGUGGUGUUGGGGUCCAUCAUCACCAUGUGUCUCAAUAGCCUGCCGGACUUCCAAAUCCCUGACAGCCAGGGCAACCCUGGUGAGGACCCCAGGUUCGAAAUCGUGGAGCACUUUGGCAUCGCCUGGUUCACAUUUGAGUUGAUGGCCAGGUUUGCCGUGGCCCCUGACUUCCUCAAGUUUUUCAAGAAUGCCCUCAACCUGAUCGACCUCAUGUCCAUCGUCCCCUUUUACAUCACUCUGGUGGUAAACCUGGUUGUGGAGAGCACACCUACCUUGGCCAACCUGGGCAGGGUGGCCCAGGUCCUCAGGCUGAUGCGGAUUUUCCGCAUCUUAAAGCUGGCCAGACACUCCACUGGCCUCCGCUCCCUGGGGGCCACACUUAAAUACAGCUACAAAGAAGUAGGGCUGCUUUUGCUCUACCUCUCUGUGGGGAUUUCCAUCUUCUCCGUAGUGGCCUACACUAUCGAAAAGGAGGAGAAUGAGGGCCUGGCCACCAUCCCCGCUUGCUGGUGGUGGGCCACCGUCAGUAUGACCACUGUAGGGUAUGGGGAUGUGGUCCCAGGGACCACGGCAGGGAAGCUGACCGCCUCUGCCUGCAUCUUGGCGGGUAUCCUAGUGGUGGUACUGCCCAUCACCUUGAUCUUCAAUAAGUUCUCCCACUUUUAUCGGCGCCAAAAGCAACUCGAGAGUGCCAUGCGCAGCUGUGACUUUGGGGAUGGAAUGAAGGAGGUCCCUUCCGUCAACUUAAGGGACUACUAUGCCCAUAAAGUUAAAUCCCUCAUGGCGAGCCUGACGAGCAUGAGCAGGAGCUCGCCAAGCGAACUAAGUUUAAAUGAUUCCCUGCAUUAG